AUGGAGGACUCAACACUGAACCACAUGUCUACUGAGGACUUCAUUGGACUGGUCCAGGCCCAGGUCUGCCUCUAUGAUCAGAGGCAUGCAAGCUGCAAGAGCAAGGGCAGUCACAGGAGUGCCUGGUGGACCAUUGGUGCACAAAUAUGGAGCGACUGGGAUGGUUUUUCCCCAUUAAUUAAAGAUGCCAAAGUGCAGUGUACACCCCAGGUAUCUGUAAGAUGUCAGGAGUGGAGUCGGUAUCAGGAGGAUACAACUCCAGCACACUUACUUAGGAGUUACAUGAUCAGUGGCUGCCCAAUGGCUAAGCCAGAAGAUGGCAAACCAGGAAUAAAACCUGAAGAAGUAAAUAGUUCACCAUCUGCUGACCAGGAGGAUACAAAAUAUAAGAAGCAGAACGGAGAUGUGGAGAAUGGGCGUGCAACAGAACGGCAUGGGAGAACACUUAGCCCGCGCCAGCACCAUAGUGAUUGUCUCUCAGAAGCAGGAACAGUUAGCCCAUCACCACCUCCUAAAGCCAAAAAGAAGAAGAAAAAAUCAGUUCGUAAAAAAAGAAAAAGGUCUCAGUCUUAUAGUCCUUCCCCAGUAAAAAAGAAGAAAAAGAAGAGUUCGAAGAAGCGGAAAAGAAACAGGUCUUCCUCCAAGAGACACAGACACAGCUCAACCAGUCCAAAAAAUAAAAGAAAACAAGUCAGGAAGCACAGAAAGCACUCUCGCGGGAGGUCACGAAAAUCCCAUCAUCAUCAUCACCGACAUUCUCGCUCAGUAAGUUCUGAGUCUAGAUCUUCAAGCUUUGAAAACAGACCACGGGUGCAGUCUAGAGAAAAAAAACAUCAAUCAAGAAGAAAAAAACACAAAUAUCAUCAUUCUAGGUCUGUAAAUAAGAAGCAGAAAGAAGCCCCCCCUCUGUCUACACAAAACAGCACGUACUCCACCAAGUUGACAAUUUCCCAAUCCGUCCCCAGCCUUUUGGUCACAGCAGAGCAUAAUGGAGGCUGUCAGAAGGAAGUCACAAACGAGUAUGACUCGGGCAACGAGAUGUGCUCUACUCCCUCAACGCAGUCAAGCUCCUCUGUGUUGAAGCUCAGUCAGGAAAAAGACAGCCCGUCCCAUCAGGGUUUUGGACAUGUCCCAUCCUCAGUAAAGACCCCUAAUGGCCACAGUGACAACAUCUCGGAUUCAGGGAAUUCAUCAGCUAGUUCCUUUUCUUUUACCAAGGAAUCAUCACUCCCUUUGGGAGACUCUGGGAUACAGGCUAAGAGAGAUCUGUCCUCUUGUCUGGGCUGCCUGGGGGAACACAAGAGUGUGUCAGACUUAUCGCCUGACAGAAAUUCUUUACGUAGCCGUCGUUCAAGCUCAUCAUAUAAGAGUACCAGGAGGUCUUACUCCAGCAGCUCAAGCCAUUCCAUAAGCUCUUAUACAUCAUCCUAUAGAUCCUCUUCAAACAGAAGGUCACGAAGCAGGUCAACCUCUUCAGGUGCAAGGUCAUAUUCAAGAUCUCCAAGCUAUUCCUCCAAGUCUGGCCGGAAAAGUAAUGGAAGCAGGCGUUCCCGUUCCCGACGGAGUCCAAGUUAUUCUCGCUACAGCCCCAGCAGAGACAGAAGCAGCAAGUACAAUUCUACAGAAAAUGGGACACGCAAAGGACCUCCCAGAACAAGGCGCAGCUCCUAUUCCCCUAUGAGAAAACGCAGGAGAGAUUCCCCAAGUCAUUUGGAGGCACGAAGGAUCACGAGUGCUCGCAAACGCCCCAUCCCAUACUACAGGCGCAGUCCAUCUUCCUCGAGCAGCGCAAGUAGCAUUCCAUCUUGGUACAGUCCCCGAAGCAGAUCCAGAAGCCGAAGCUACUUUAGCCACAGGAGCAGUCGCAGCAGGAGCCAUAGCAGUAGAAGGAGCCACAGCAGUGACUGGAAGAGGAGUAGGAGCCGAAGUCGAAGCUUGAGCCAGAGCUCUGACUCAUGUGAUAGCAUCAGGCGCUGAGACAUUUGUCUGACUGCAAGAGCUUCCGUGUCACAUAUAAGAAGCUCCGUUCAAAUACGUAUUCACACAUUCAUUUCCACUGUUAUUUAAUAACUUCUGAUAAUCAGAUAAAUGGCAGUUUCCAU